CAAAACUGUGUCGUAUUAAAAUUGUUGUGGCGAAAUAAAUCCGUCGUUUUGUUCCGUUGAUCGGCAGGUGAAAGUUUCUUCGUCACCACCGUCUCUUUCUCUCUGGUUUCUCUUUCUUUAUUCUUCUUCUCUGAUGACGCCGCCGAGACCACCGUCUGGGCGAGGAAGAGGAAGGCCGCUGCGUGGUUAUUCUGAAUCAGAGAAGAUGAUGGAUGGUUCCGGUAGUUGGGAUACGCUUGAUUGGACCAAACUCGAUUCAGCUACAGGGUCAGGCUCUUUUGCUAAUUUGAGUUGCUUGCUGGAAUCGGAGAAGGUCGUCGUCGAGGGUUAUGGAGUUGUGCUUAUUAACACCGAUGAGGCAGGAACCUUGUUGGUGACAAACUUCCGUAUUCUUUUUUUGAGUGAAGGAACCAGAAAGGUCAUUCCACUUGGAACAAUUCCAUUGGCAACUAUUGAGAAGUUUAAUAAAUUGGUGCUGAAAGUUCAAUCAAACCCUCGUCAGUCUGACAGGAAUCCACCACGACGUCUUUUACAGGUCACUGGAAAAGACAUGAGGAUAAUUGUUUAUGGAUUUCGUCCUCGAACCAAGCAGAGACGUUCAGUGUUUGAGGCAUUACUGAAAUGUAGCAAGCCAGAGAGAGUAUGGGAUCUUUAUACUUUUGCUUGUGGGCCUUCCAAAUUUGGUAACGCAAACCCAAAGGAAAGAUUGCUUAAUGAAUAUUUCCGUCUCCUCGGAAAAAGUUCAAUACGAGCAUCAGCGGAUAUGAUUGAAGAUGGUUCGUUCACAUUGUCCAAUGAGCUGUGGCGGAUAAGUGACUUGAACUCCAAUUAUAACUUGUGUCAGACGUACCCAUUUGCCUUUAUGGUUCCAAAAUCCAUAAGUGAUGAAGAGUUGCUCCAAGCAUGUUCUUUCCGGGCAAGAUGUCGUUUACCUGUGAUCACGUGGUGUCAGCCAGGAAGUGGAGCUGUGAUAGCACGCUCAUCACAACCUCUUGUGGGUCUUAUGAUGAAUAUGAGGAGUAGUUUUGAUGAAAAACUUGCUGCUGCAUUCUGCUCUCAGUUAGCUGAUGCAAAGGGAGAACGAAGGAAGCUAUAUAUUGCCGAUGCAAGACCUAGGAAAAAUGCAUUAGCAAAUGGAGCCAUGGGAGGCGGCUCAGAAUCAUCGUCAAACUAUUUCCAAUCUGAAAUUGUUUUCUUUGGCAUAGACAAUAUACAUGGAAUGAGGGAGAGCUUUUCCCGCCUUAGAGAUUAUUUAGACAUGCACGGUACAACAUCAUCUGAUGGGAGAUCAUCGUUCUUGAGACACGGUGGUUGGACCUGGGGAGGAGGCAAUCUUAGUAGUAUGUCUGCUUCAGUAUCUUUACUUGGAGACAGUGGUUGGUUGAUACACAUCCAGAACGUUUUAGCUGGCGCAGCAUGGAUUGCUGCACGUGUUGCUAUGGAGUCGGCAUCAGUUCUUGUGCACUGCAGUGAUGGAUGGGACAGAACAACUCAGCUGGUUUCUCUUGCAUGCANCCUCGGAAAAAGUUCAAUACGAGCAUCAGCCUCAUAUCAGGCUCUUGUCGAAAAGGAUUGGCUUGCCUUUGGUCACCCGUUUUCGGAUCGUGUAGGAAUGCCUAACAUAUCAGGAUCCGGUAAUUUUGACUUACCAAGACAGUCUUCUGCGGCUGGAAGUUUCCCUUCAUCUCCUGUGCGUCAGUCUUCAGGAUCAGCAGCCUCACAAUCUUCAAACUCUUCCCAUGGGCAUAACAAUUAUUCGCCUAUAUUUAUUCAGUGGAUUGAUAGCGUAUCACAGCUAAUGCGGAUGUAUCCUUGUGCUUUUGAGUUUUCUCCGACUUUCCUGGUAGAUUUUAUGGAUUGCUUGCUUUCAUGUCGUUUUGGGAACUUCUUAUGCAACAGUGAAAAAGAGAGGGAACAAUGUGGGAUUGCUGAUGCAUGUGGAUGCAUAUGGGCUUACUUGACCGAUCUGCGUUCAUCUAGUGCAACUUCUCAUGUCCAUUGUAACCCGUUCUAUGAUCCGUUGAAAUAUGAUGGCCCAUUAUUGCCUCCGGCAGCAUCUUUAGCUCCUACCCUUUGGCCCCAGUUCCAUCUCCGCUGGGCUUGUCCCGAGGAAGCUAAAGCUGCAGAUAUCGGGGUCCAAUGCAGAGCUAUGACAGUGAAAUAUUCAGAAAUGCAAAAGGAGAAAGAAGCAGCAGAAAGAAGAGUGGACGAGAUAUCUUUCGCAAUGGAGUCAUUAAGUGCAGAGUUGCUAAGAGAGAGACAUAUGAGUUGGUUAGCUAGGGAAUCAGCAAACCGAGCCACCAAGGAAUAUGCAGCUUUAACACGAGCAGUACAAUCACUCGGCUGCAAGAUUAACUUCAGUAGAUCUGAUGUUGAAGACGACCCAAGGGCAGGCUCUCUGGAGAAUAACCCUAGGAGACGAAACAGACAAGGGAACAACUCAGAUGUUUCUGUAUCAAUCUCACUAAUGUCUGAAGAAAACAGAUCUGAAAAUCCGAUAGGACGAGUUUGUGAAGCGUUGUGUCCAUUGCGUACAAGAGAAGGAUUAUGUCGAUGGCCUGAAACGGGAUGUGCUCAUGUUGGAAGUCAGUUUGUCGGGUUAAAAGCAAACUUUGAUGCGUUUGACCGGCUUGCCAUCAACGAUAGCUAUUUCCAAUCUAAAUGAAAGAAUUAAACUCUGAAGGAAGCUGUGAUACUUGUAACAGUAUAAAGCCAAUGGAGGAUCAGAAUCAUCAAUAAAAAACAGUCUGAAGAAAAGGCGGGAGCAUAACCAUAUAAACUGACAGUGACACCCUGAGUUUUUGGAACAAGGGAGUUUCUCAUCUUGUUACUUUUGUGUAUAGCUAAAAGCAUUUUUUUUUUUUCUUAACCACUAAACAAUUAUUUAAUUUAGAUCUAUGAUUCUUUUUGGUUUAAAGUGAAAAAUAAAAGUUGGGUGAAAGUGAUGUACAGUUUCAAAUGAA